AUGACUGUUCUAUAUCCCAACGGAUACCCUGACUUUGGGUACAUGCCCGACUACGACAAGUAUCUGGCGCGCGGCAAACGCAGACAAGAAACCGAAAAGCUGGAUCAGCACCUCCCAAAGGGCUUUCCUGCCCGUUUGUCUGGUGACCUUGUCUGGGAAGGCAAUACAUUAGCCAGCCAUUACAACUGGAAUUACCAUCUCACUGCCGAGGACCUGGAGGAGAUCAACAAUGCUCUUGCACAUUUCAAGUCAUUAAGCAAGCCAAUGGGCGAGAUCUCGCCAGACAGCUUCCCCUUGCCCAACUUGCAUGCUGCGUUGCGCGAAAUCUCCAACGAGGUCCAUAAUGGCCACGGUUUCAAAGUCAUCCGCGGUCUUCCCGUGGACAACUACGACCGCGAAGAGAACGUGAUCAUCUACACCGGCAUCUCAUCCCAUGUCGCACCGAUCCGUGGUCGCCAAGACAGCAAAUGGCAAGGCAAGCCGGCUGAUGUCCUUGUUGCACAUGUGAAGGAUCUGAGUCAAUCCUGCCACUCCAAGGACAUCCCCGGUCCUGUGGUAACCGCCGACAAACAAGUGUUCCACACUGAUGCGGGUGAUGUCAUUGCCUUGUUCUGUCUGAAUGAGGGCGAAUCGGGUGGCGAGAGCUAUCUUGCGAGUACCUGCCAUGUGUAUAACGUGCUCGUUGCCACGCGCCCUGAUUUGAUCAAGACUCUCUCCCAGCCUUGGCCUUUUGACGAUUUUGCCCCGUCUGGCGACGUGUACAAGCUGCGACCCCUCCUAUACUACCAGCCUGCUACCGAGGCCGACCCCGAGCGACUAAUCAUCCAGUACUCGCGAAGAAACCUGACUGGCUAUCUGGACUGCAAGCGGUCUGCCAGCAUCCCACCGCUGACCGAAGCCCAAGCAGAGGCCCUAGAUGCCGUUCAUUUUACCGCCGAAAAACACGCUAUUGCGCUGGAAUUCCACAAAGGCGACAUUCAGUUUGCCAAUAACUUGAGCAUUCUCCAUGCCAGAGGGGCAUUCACUGACUCCAGAGAGAAGCAACGCCACCUUCUCCGGCUUUGGCUGCGUGAUCCGGAGUAUGAGUGGACCAAGGCCAAAGAUCUGAAGGAGCGAUUUGACCGGGUCUAUGCAGGCGUGACAGUUGAGAGCUCUGUGUUUCCGCUGGAAGCUACCAUCCGCAGCAGCAAUGUGGCUACAUAG